AUGCUUGCAGGACCUGUGUUGAUAGCAAACUCCACAUUUUCCUGGAAUCGUGGUCAUGGCAUUGCUGUAGAUAAUACUACUGAUGGACGAGUUUUCAUCAACUCGACCAGGAUAGAGAACAAUUAUGGUGAUGGUGUAUGGUAUAGGCAAAAGAUUGGAUCAAAUCUGCUUAACCAUGGGCUGAGAGAACGGCGAGACUAUGCGAAUUUUGCCUUUGCUGAGGAAAAACCUCGAGCAGACAUCUGUCGGGAGCAUACCUUACCGAUCUCCAGUACCCAUUUGGUCGUUUGUGAUGCUACUGAGGAGAAAAAUGCUUGUGCACUGGAAAGAAUGAGGAUACCGAUCGUAGACGGCACUUACCCGCAGACAGUUAGCUUACGGGCCGGCGUUACACCCCUCUUCCUAGCCCUGGAACACCAUCAAGAGGGUAAUACGGCUGGAUAUGUUGUGGGCGAUGUAGAUGUCCUUUUCCGCGUGCAUGCUAGUGUCACAGACAAAGCCUUUUAUGGAUUGAACAUCACAAACUCUAUUAUUAAUGGCAAUAUUGGCAAUGGAGUCUUUUCAAAGGAUAUCCGUGAACGAACAGCAUUGUCGAAUGUGACUGUUAACCUGAAUCAGGGAUUGGCUGGAUUUCUAGUGAAGGAGCUGCAUUCCAUUACAACGACUCUUUGCCUUUCUUUGCCCUGCAUCAAGAGAUCAUAUUCAAGGGACGACCUUCUAAUAACAUAUUUUAUCUACCAACUAUUGUUGCUGGCAAUCUCUGGGGUGGAGUCUUAG